CGAUGAUGAUCUGCGGCGUGUCGCUGCACCAAAUCUUCCCAGUUUCAGCUCACGUUCCAAUGAUACCAUGGCAUGGCUAACACGCUGGGCCAAGGACAUGGCGUUCCAGGAACCGCAUAAACACGCGAGACGUGAAAGAGCAUAAUGUUCCGAUGCCCUUUGCACUUGAGCCUUCACCUCCUCAGUCGUGCAAGCCCUUCUACCUUGAACCGUUACUACUAAGAAAAUGCCCAUCCUUCACGCAGCCGCCGCUCUGGGCGCGAUAUCUGCAGCAGAUAAGUUCAGCUCGCGGCAGGGGAAGAGAGUGCUAAAUGCAGAAGAAGCCUUAGCGUCCAGGGCGAGCACAAGUUCGGACACGAACGAGCGCAUACAACCUGACGGUCCCGUCGUCACUGCUGUCAGACCAGCCCGAACAUCGUCGAAUGUCACCAGCUCUUCGAAAUCGCUCAGGUCUCCCACAAGUGUACCAUCUUCAGCGACCAGCAGCGACGCACAAGCUCCGCCAUCUGUGCGAGUGCACACGAAAGGCCCGACCUUAGGGAGCGGUUUCCCCUAUCACCCUGCUCUCUUCGAUCUUCGCGUGCAUCCAAUCAAAUGGGAGCAAUUCACAGAAUCGAUUGUCGAGACUACAAAGCUUUCGACCAAGGAACGCAUGAAAGUAUGGGCGUUCGGUGCAGGAGUUGUGGCCGGAAUUGGUACGCCAGACUCUGUCCACAUCGCUCGCAAUAAGAGUCGGCGGUAUCAAGAAGACAAGAUCAAAGCUGGUGUUGCAGAAGAAUCGGAGUCUAGUCUUGGGGAGCUUCUUCGUCAGUGGAACGAGAAGUACUUCGCCGAGCGCGGUCUUCUCGCGAGGCUGGAGCUCAGCGAGUCCGCUUUAAAGUCUCCAAAUCAGCAAAGCAAGCUGUUCCAGCGAGAAGCGCAUUGGUAUGGUAACAAGGAGGACCGUGAGCGCAAGCGUGAGGAGCGCAAGUUCGCAAUCGUGAUUACGCAGCUUUACACGCCGGACGAGCUAGGUGAUGCAAUGCACGAGCUCGACGCUGGCUCUUCUAUUGAAGAGGCCCCGGAUUCUACAGACGCCAGAGUCUAUCAUGUUGAGGCUCCAACUGCGAACAAGGACCUGCCCGAACUACCAAGCGGCGCUGACUGGGAGAAAGACGUUUCGGAACUGCCGGACAAAAAGGUGCAUCUGCUUGCAGAAUUGCCGUCGGCAACACAAUACGCUGAGCUUGAAGGCGACAGCCACCCUGUGCCUCAGUCAUGCAAUACGAUGAGCGCUGCUACUCACGCCAAAGUGCAUCAGAACAUAAGCCAUGUGUGAUCUAUGCGAUGCGAAUGGUAGCAGACUUGCGGUGAGAGGAGAGCACAGGAGAGGACAAGUGAUGGGUGGUGCUUGCAUAACACACACACUUGUGAGGAUGUUAGGGUAGGGUAGGGUGGGGUGGGGUGGGGUGGGUGCGGUGCGGUGCGGUGCGCAGUUGCACGAUCGAAGCGUGGCGUGGCAAGAAUGACACCCAAAGCGGACUGCCGAUCGAUUGAGCUAGUCGGUCUUAUCGCCGCCGACAACGUCACUAUGUACAUCACCAUCCCCGCAUGAUCCAGCCCUCGAUGCAACAUUGCGCACGCGCUAGUGGGCUGGGGUCGAGUCGCACCGCAACACUACCUGGUCUGGUCGCCAUGGCAUGCGAUGAAAAAGAAGGCAUUGGAUCCGGUGCGCAUCCAGAAGAAGCAGGCAGUCGCCGCUCCGGUAGCGUCCAUCGGAUUGAUAACGAGCACUGACGAUCGUUUAUAAUCUCGUCUUCAGAAUGCCCGUGUCCGCAGUGCUCAAUCAAUGUUCUUUGCCUUCACAUUGCGUCAACAACAAUGAUCUUCGACCGAACUUUUGCUGCCGCUGCCGCUGCGUGCCUGCUCUCGACAGCUUCGUUGGCAUCAGCGUCACUGGGUCCGAGAUUUCAUCUUCACCCCAAGCAGGAGCAUGGCAAGCGACAAUAUUAUCC